UCCUUGUGAAGGACCCUUACCUCUUACUAUUAGGAGUAUAAUUGAUUCCAAAAUUUUGCACAUAUAUGAAAAGUUAUAAAUGACUGUUAAUUCAGGUAUAUUUUAUGAAAAAGUAACAGUUUUUUUAAAAUAUUUUAAAACUAAGCUUUGUCAGGGUUUGUAUGUUGUGUGUUGUAGGAUGAUCUGGAAUGAACAUUUGCGGAGUACUUUGGGGACCAUUUGCAAAGAAUUAAAGCUUUUUUUUAUUUUACUUUUAAAAAGUAUUUCCAUGAGAGACUACUGACUAUAAAAGCCUAUGAAAUAGAAACCUACAUUAAACUGAGGCUACUGAAAAAAAUAUGCCAAUAGAACUUGAUGUGUCUCUGAGCAGUAUGCCACCGAGCUCCUAUGUUUAUAAGUUAAAAAAAAAAAAAAUUGCUCAAGCAUUUAAAGAGGCUAUAUAAAUGUGCAGUUUCUAUCUGCCUGCCUACCUACUACCUAUGGAGAGAGGGAAAGAAAAUUUUCAUCGUUUAUAAAGUGUUCUGAUGUUCUUUUGAAUUGAAGAGAAAUGCUUUUUUGAGUGUCCAUUAUGUGUAGACACUGUGUUCUUCAUAACACCCCGGUGAGGCGGGCAGAAAUUAUUCCUGAUAGAGGAACUGAGCUUGAGAGAUUAGUUGAUCCUCAGUACCAGGUUCUAUAUUGAUUAUAUUUCUUAACAAAAACCCUAUGAUCCUGACGUUAAUUUCAAUUUUCUGCCUUAACGUCAGUUGUCAAAAAGCUUCACCAGGUUUUCACCUAAUUUGAAUGUCUAGUAGGUGUCUUAAACUUAACAUGGUCCAAACUAAGCUCUUGUUUUUCUUUUUCCUUCCUACUCUUCCUGGUCUCAGUAAAUGGCACCAGCAUUCAACCAGUUGCUCAAGCCCUAGAGUCACCCUUGAUUGCUCUCCUCUCAUAGCUCAUGUCUAAUCCAUCAGCAGGUCAGCUCUGUUGUUAGGGACUUUCAUGUCGAUUUUGACUCAUAGUGACCCAAUGUGACAGAGCAGAACUGCCCUAUAGGGUUUUCUAGGCUGUAAUUUUUAUGGGAGCAGGUUGCCAGAUCUUCUUCCCAUGGAGCGGCUAGGUGGGUUUGAGUUGUGAACCAUUUGGAUAGCAAUUGACCACCUAACUGUGCCACCAAACCAAAAACCAAACCCACUGUUGUCCAGUUGAUUUUGACACAUAGCAUCCCUAAAGGACAAGAGUAGAAUUGCCCCAUAGGAUUUCCAAGGCUGUAAAUCUUUACAGAUGACUGCCAGAUUUUUCUCCUGUGGAGUGGCUGGUGGGUUCGAACUGCUGACCUUUUGGUUAUCAGCAGGACGGCUUUAACCAUUGCACCACCAGGGCUCCUUAAAUCAGCUCUGCCUUCAAAAUAUGUUCCAGAAAUUUGACCACCUCUCAUCUCUACUUCUUGCACUAAUUCGAGCCACUGUCAUCUCUUGGCUAUACAAUUUCAGUAACUUCUUAAGUGAUCUCUUUGCUUGUACCCUUAGCUUCUUUUUAGUAUAUUCUCAUAGCAUAGCAUAGCAGCCAGAGUUAUCUUCUAAAACCCUAAAACAUUUCAAGUCACUUCCCUUUUCAGAAUUCUCUAAUAGCUUCACAUUACUUUCCACUAAAGUUUAACCUCCUGUGGCCUGCAAGGCUCUAUAUGAUCUGGCCUCUUGCCGCCUUUUCAGCUCUUACCUCCUGCUGCUUAUUUCUCUUUGCUCACUUCAUUCUAGCCACACUGGCCUCAGGUUCUUUGUACUUGCUGUUCUUUUUGCCUUCAAGUUCUCUCCAGAGCUCCUUCCUGGACUUUGUUCAGAUCUUAUAUGAAAUGUCACCUAUUUGAAAUCAUCUUGUUUUAUAUUUUUUUCAUAACAUUUGUCACUACCUGAAAUUAUGUUUAUGUGCUUGUCUCCUGAAUUAGAAUCUAUUUCUUUUUGUCUGGCUUAGUCGCUGCUGUAUCCGUAACUCUUAGCACAGUGUUUGUUCUGUAGUGGGUGCCCAAUAAAUAGUUAGAAAUGAAUAAUCCAAAGCACAGAUGGAGCAUUAACUUUAAGUAAGAGGGUGCCUUUAUUGUAAGAGAGAAUAAAGAGGAUGCAGUGGCUUUGGUAGAGGAGAGUGGAGGGAGUUACUAAAUACCAUAUUUUUACACGGAUAACGCCUUCUGUGUCUGUUUGCCAGCUGCACCUGCCUCCUGUGAGGUAUUUUCAUAAACAUGUUAUACUACUUUUUUUUCUAGCAACGUGUACUGAAAAACUGGCAUAGUGGCGUUUAUGAAAAUACCCCAUGGGGGAGGGCGUGGUUGGCAAACAAACGUAGAAGGUACACAUUAUUUUCGUAAAAAUAUGGUAAUGGCUGUUCUCUGUGAAGUAGGAGGUACAGUCACCUGCCAGUAGUAGUGGGAAGGAAGGGGUAUAGGUUUGCUGUUGUUGCUAGUUGUCAUCUAGUUGAUUCUGACUCAUGGUGACUUCUUGUGUGCAGAGUAGAACUGUGCUCCAUAGGGUUUUCAAGGCUGUGACCUUUCGGAAGUAGAUCUCCAGGCUUGUCUUCUGAAGGCACCUUUGGGUGUGUUCAAACCACCAACCUUUCUGUUGGUAGUUGAGCACUUAACUGUUUGCGCCACCCAGGGAUAGAGGGUUACUGUUAAGCUAAAAUAAUUAGACAUCAGAGAAAGGAGAAUUCCUUGUUGUUGUGUAUCUGGGAAGUCUUCUUGGGGAUGUUGAGCUUAGGUUGUGCUCUUCUAGAUCAGUAGGAUUUGGGUAGGUGGGGAGGGUAUAGAAGGUAUUGUAAACAGGAAGAAUUGUAGGGGUCAAGAUCCAACAGAGAACCGGGGUGGUUUGGGGGAUACUGAAUGUUUGAUUUGACUACUGUAGAAGAAAAGGAAGUUAGAGUGGUCAAGUGGAACUAAUUUUUAGACAGGUUUUGUUCUCCAGGCAGAGGCUUCUGAGCAGAGAAGUAACAAGUGUUCACGAUGCUUAUUGUGUAGGUAAUAUGCAGAAUUAUUUAGAAAGCUGGAGGAUGGGUUUUAAAGGUAGUAAGGAUAUUGAUUAAGGUGAGAUUAAAAAGGAGUGAUUGAUUUAGAAUUGCCUUUUUUUUUUUAAAGGAAAAAUUGCUUGGGUCAGAGUGCCUGGGUGUAGGCAGGGAGGAAGGAAGGAGCCUUACGUGACUGAGGAUUGAAGCUGCUCUUACAGAAUUGAGAAUGUCAUUGGACAGAGAAGCAGAUGAAUAAUACUGUGGCCAGCCCAAUGUCCACUGCUACUUCGAGUAGCGGAAGAAACGCAGGGAAGUCUGUAAGCUUUGCAGUUGAAUUACAGAGUAUGAUGUUUUCUUUAGGAGAUGCUAGGAGACCUCUUCAUGAAACAGCAGUUUUGGUAGAAGAUGUCGUGCACACUCAGUUAAUUAAUCUGUUACAGCAAGCUGCUGAAAUUUCUCAGCUGCGGGGAGCACGGGUGAUUUCUGCUGAAGAUCUUUUGUUUCUGAUGCGCAAAGAUAAGAAAAAACUUAGAAGACUGCUAAAAUACAUGUUCUUCCGAGACUACAAAUCAAAGAUUGUUAAAGGCAUAGAUGAGGAUGACCUUCUGGAAGACAAAUUGAGUGGCAGCAGUAACACAAACAAAAGACAAAAAAUAGCUCAAGACUUUCUCAACUCUAUUGACCAGACAGGAGAGCUCUUGGCAAUGCUUGAAGAUGAUGAAAUUGAUGAAGUUAAACAAGAGAGAAUGGAGAGAGCGGAAAGACAAACUCGAAUGAUGGACUCAGCUCAAUAUGCAGAAUUUUGCGAAAGUCGGCAAUUAAGUUUCUCCAAAAAGGCCUCCAAAUUUCGAGACUGGUUGGACUGCAGCAGUAUGGAGAUAAAACCCAAUGUCGUCGCUAUGGAAAUUUUAGCGUAUCUAGCAUAUGAAACCGUGGCACAGUUAGUGGAUCUGGCUCUUCUUGUGAGGCAGGACAUGGUCACCAAAGCAGGGGACCCCUUCAGCCAUGCCAUUUCUGCAACCUUCAUUCAGUAUCACAACUCUGCUGAGGGUUCUUGCAUGAAGACCAGUCCGGACUCCCCGGAGAACACGCCUCCUCCUACACCAACAGCUCCAUCAUCUGGACCACAGCACUCAGGGAAGACGAUGUCAGGAUCCCUAGGAAAUGGGAGUAUUGGACAAGACUCAGCUAAAACCAAGCAAAGAAAAAGAAAAAAGAGCACCGCGGCCUGUGGUGUUGAGGCUCACAGCGAUGCCAUCCAGCCCUGCCACAUCAGAGAGGCCGUUCGACGCUACAGCCACAAGAUUGGCCCCCUUUCCCCAUUCACAAUACGAACAGAGCAUUAUAUCUCAGAGACUCUCUCUCAAAACAAAAUGUCCUUGAACAUCUCUACAAUUCCAAACAGUGCUGCCUUUGCGCAAAAUAUUUUUGAAAUCACUCUUCACUAAUUAUCGUCAGAGCUCGCGGCACAUUCUUUUGAAAAGACUCAGUGGUGACAAAUGAGUCACGUUACUUUAUUAUCACACCAUGUAAUUGUACGUUCAUACCACUACUGACAUAAAUCGUGAAAAAGAAAUAGAAAUUAUGAAAUGGACUGUCUUGUGGUUCAGGUCCAUGGCUGUGUGUACUGUAUCUAAAUUGAUGGAGGAAAAGAAACAUUGAAAGAAAAAAUUUCAACGUAUCGAAUGGCAAUAAUAGGUUAGUACUAUUUCCGGAUGUCGUUGGCGCAUUUCCAUUGUAUCAGCAUCAUUAAGAAUAUUUGUCUUCAUAAAUACUUCUCUCUUAAGUUAACCUAGUGGAAAAGUGAAAUUAAAAGUUCCGCAAGAACUUUUUUAACAAAAUAAUGUUCAAUUUUUAUAUUUUAUAUUACUUUUAAAUGUUAUAAAAAUGUAUGGUUUUAUUGCCCCAUAAAAGAUGUAUGCUUAUUAACCUGGUUUUUUUGGUAUAUGUAUAAGGGUGUUUUAUCAAAAUUGAUAUUUUAUAAGUUGUAAAGAUGUAACACUUUGCUAGAUGAGACUAUAAACGAUUAAUUUGGAAAACAAGUACAUUUUUAUCCUUUUUCAGGAAUGCCUUUAUAUGUUACAGUAACUGUUAGGAAGUGAGACGCCCUUUAUGUGCAUAUGUGCUAUCUUUGGCACAUAGACCUCUGCUAUAAAUGAAUAAUUGAGGCAACAUUUGUCCAUAUUUAAUGCUGUUUUGUUCUGGUUUUUUUUUUUUAAUUGUCCUUUUGUAUUUUUUUUAUACUUACACACAUUUUGUAUUUCUACCUACAUAGGAUUCAGAAAUGGAAGACUUCUCUUUAGUUUUUCUCCCAUUUGGAUAAAUUCAUUUGUGGUCACAAUAAGAAUAGAGGGAAAGUACAGAGAGUCAAAAAAAUGACUCUGAACUUCCUGCAAGAGAUUUUAGUAGAAAGAAAGAAAUUAGAUGUUUGGCUGCUAACACUUGGCUCUGGGGGCCUGAUUUAAUGAAGCUGAGUGGUGUGGUGGGAAGAGCAGAAGUCAAGAGGCCCAGUCUUAAGUCCUUGGCUUUGCCACUAAUCUCUCUGAAGAAUCUCAGACAAAUCGCUUGACAUCUGUGGGCUUCUGUUUCCUCAUCUGUAAAAUGAGAGGCUUGACUACACGGUUGCUAAAACCCCUUCCAGCUCUAACAUUCUGUCAUUCUGAUUCCGCAUGCCCUGACUCUGACCUUCUUUUCCAUCAUAUUGUUCGCAGGCAGGCUAUCUAAAUACCCACAGAUGUUUAACUUGCAGGCUCUGUUCCCCUAGAUAUUUCACUCUAGAUACUCUCCUCAUUCGACUACUCUCCUUUGGGUUAAGGAGAAAAAAAAAAAAAAUUUUUGUGAGCUUCCAAAAUCUGUCAGAGAAUUAAUAAUAAAUAUAUUAUGAGUCAAUGUGUAAAAGGAAUUGAAGCGGAAAUGGCAAUUUGAUGAAGCUUUUUUCCAACAUUUAUUAUGAAAACUUUGUAGCAUAUAGAACUAAGUUGAUAGAAAUUUACAGCGAACACCCAUAUACCCACUCCCUGUGUCAACAGUAUUUUACUCUUCUUGUUUUGUCACAGAUUUAUCUGUCUAUCCUCUUUCCAUCAAGGAACCAUCUUUUUGUAUGCAUUUCAAAGUAAAUUGGCAGGCCUCAGUAUUAAGCAUGCAUAUUAUUAACUAAAGCUCAUUGUUUGCUUGUAUUUUUUCAUACAGUGAAAGCCACAUCCUGAUUAAACUCUUCCUCAUCUCCAUUUUAUAUCUUGUUUCAUUCUAUAUACAUGUUAAUUGAAAGAGUUAUAUUGUAAGGAAAGGGACACUGUUCCAUUGGCAGAAGCUGUUAUAACUUAUACUAGUUGCUGAAAGCAUCAUUAUUUGCCAAAUUUUAGGUAAAACAUUAAAAAAGAAUUGGGAAGUGGAAAAUGAAGAGAAAUGUUGAAAUUCUUUAAGAAAAAAAAUAGCAGGUGAUUGGGAAAAAACUGGGUAGUUGCAAAUACUUGUUUAUCUAAUUUGCUUCCUACCUUUGCUGUCUAAGUUUGAGAGCAGAGAAAUGGAGGAGAGAUGCUGUUUCUCCUCUCCACUCUCCUCUGUCUCUAGAAAUUCUUUCUCAUCUAAUGGAGAAAACCUCACAUGAUUCCUGCCCCAUGGUUGAUACCUUGUUAAAGAUUGAUGGGUAAGUCAGUGAAUGAAUGAGUGACUAUCCUCAGCAGUCAGAGGGCUCUUUCUAGGGACUCCCUAACUGGAGGUUAUGCGGUAAUUAUAAUAUGUCCUCCAACGGAUUGUGGCACCAUGCUUUCCAAAAAUGUUAAAGCAAGGGAUUCAGGGACGGAUUAGAAAAGGGCCUUUCUCAUUCAAGGGUAUACAUAACUGAUUUAUAUAUAUAUAUUAAAAAGCUAUAUAGUUAUGCUAUUAUAUCCAUAUAAUAGCAUAAUUUGGUGUAUAUAUAUAUAAUAUGUAUGUGCAUUUAUAUACGUGUGUAUAUACAAACAUACUGAAGUUGUCUGAGCAUAUUUGGAGUAUUUGCCAGCACGCCUCUUCUGCUAGCCUCUGAGUUAGUGGUAGAUUUCUCAGAACAGUUGCAACACAAGGUCUGUCCAAAUCCACUGGGGUCUUAGUUGUUCUUAGUGGUUUCUAUGUCGGCUCUUUGAGAGUUCACCACUGCCUCAGUGAGUCACCCCAGCAUUGAGUAGCAUCCCUGCUAUUCUUCCCCAGGGUUCGUUGAAGUGAACUCCUGGGCACUGGAAGGAAUUGUUUGCGUAGGAGACAAUUGGUAAAGAAGGGCUUUUUAUGGCAUCGUCAUAGCUAUUUGUCUUUCUAAAAAAAAAAAAAAAACCCUUGGAUGGAAGGAAGAAAAAAAGACAAACCAACCUAUUCUCAAUGUAAGAAUUGCCUACUUUUGGUUUACUUUUGGUGUUUGGACAGGAGCUGGCCCUAACAGAUUUUCUGUCUUUUAAACACUGUUCAUGCCACCCACAAGGACACAAAGUCUCAUCAGCACUUCCAUCCUACUGCUGAUGGUCUUGCACUGUGGAAAUGGGUUAUAGAAACAUCAGUAAGAUUUGGUCCUUUUUUUCAGAGCAAUGAGAGCUGCAGGACAAGCCAGGGUAGCAAUAGAUCUAGCAUCUGGAACGGUAUAGAUAGUGAGGAAAUUGUCAUUACGGAAGCCCGACCUGGAGGCAGGACCAGGGGUUCAAGGAUUGAAGCAGUGGGUCUGCAGUUGGCUUCAACCAAGAUGCAGCACUAGGAGUCCAAAGUGGGCAACAAGGAGUCUAUCCCACCAGGAAGCUGGAGAAGCAUCAGGAAAUGAGGGAGUGGUUGCUGUGGUAAAGUCCAAGAACACAGGGAGUGCUAAGGAGCUCCAAAGAGGAAGAGACAGGCAGGAGUCAAUAGGUAUGGGAGCACCCACUGGCAGAAAUGACACCUGGGAGAAUCCCAGCAGCAGAGGCCUAGUGGGAAUGGUGGGGCAGGGUGGGUGGCCCAGCAACUGAAUAGUCAGUGAAAUGACAAAGUGGACAGGACAAGGUGAAAGCAGAUCAUGUCACCUACUCACAGACUACUCCCUCGUCACCCUCCUAGACUGACGCAUUGCAAAAUGCCACCUCGUCCAGGCAGGCGGUGUUGACAUCAUCCUUAAAAGGCUGAAAUGGAUGGUGCAAUCCUUAGCAUUUUUUCUUUAAAAAGUAUAAUUAUUGGGGGGGGAAAAAAAGCUGUUUUGAACUUGGUUUUUAAAUCUUACUUUACAUUUUUCUGGGGCUUAGUUCUGUUUGCUUCCAGCACGAUCCAAAUACCUACUUCAAAGCAAACAUGCUAACAAGAACUUGUUAAAAGGAAGGGAAACCAGCUUCUGUGGCUUCUUGUACACCAGCUAUGGAGGCGCUCACAGAACCACGUUUGUGAGUUGAGUGUAAAUGAUUCCGAAACCUACAAAUUAGAUUUCCCUUGAAAUACACAUGGGUUUAAAAUCUUAACGGGAGAAAAACUUGGCAAAUCAAAUCUGACCAUAUUCAGUAAAACCUCACUAAUUUGCACUAAUGACCAAGAGACCCAUUGAGAAUUACUGAAUUUUUGUGAGUGUAUUAGCAUGAGAACAAAUACCAUAAAACAGGGGAGGGAGCAACGGGUAAAAGGAAUGGUGGGAAGGCAAGGAAAGAGGGAGGGGGAAAUCAAAGUUCCAGCAUCAAACAAACAUACUUUCUGGUACAAUGAAGAAUGUAUUUGAACAGUUACUGGAAUGAAACCCAAUAGCUUAAUGAGUGCCUUGCUGUGGUGCGCCUGCCCACUGAGGGAGCCAGCCAUGUCAUACAGCCUGCUGAAGCCAACAGCUAAUGUGCACUUAGGUAAAGAGGCCUUCGCUUUAUUGAAAGUUGGGGGGUUGUGGUUUUUGCAGGGGUGUGAACCAAUGAGAUUCUUCCAUGUGCCAUGCACAUUUGUUUUGGGCUUGCACAUGCAGGCCAUGAUUGUAAAUCAGUAUUAGGGGUGGAGUUUCUUAUUAUCUUUUUUUAAAAAAGAAAAAAAGGUAGAAACUUGCUAGAAGAGAUAGCAAGGGAGGUUGGAAUUCUUUCUAGCUGAAUUUGCCUUGUUGUUGUUAGCUGUCAUGAAGUCAGCCCCCAACUCAUGUUGAUCCCAGGCACAAGGCAACGAAAUGCUGCCCAGUACUGUGCCAUCCCCAUGAUUACUUGCUGAUCGGGCCAUUAUGCUCCAUUGGGUUUUCGUUGGCAGGUUUUCAGAAAUAGAUCACCAGGCCUUUCUUUCCAGUCUGUCUUAGUCUACAAACCCUACUGAAACGUGCUCAGCAUCACAGCAAAAGGCAAGCUUCCACUGACAGACAGGUAGUAGCUGCAUGAGGUGCGUUGGCCAGGAAGGUGAGAUUAUGCUGCUGAACCACCGAUGCCUCAUCAGCCUUCCUUGUUGUUGUUAUGUGCCCUCAAGUUGAUUCCAACUCAUACCCACCGUGUGCGACAGAGCAGAACUGCCCCGUUGGGUUUCCUAGGCUAUAGUCUUUACGGGAACAGAUCACUAGGUCUUUUCUCCCACUGAGCCUCUGAUGGAGUCAAUCUGCCGACUUUCAGUUGACAUCUGGGUGCUUAAUCGUUGUACCACUGGGGCUCCUAUAUAUGCCUGUAGUAGGAGAUUUUUAAUUUACAGCAUUCUCAACUGAAGAUUGAAAAUCUGGUAGCCUUUUAUUGUGAACAUGAAUUUCAUUAAAAAGAAAAAUUGCAACUUCCUUCAUAGGCAACUGUCUUAAAAGUUCUUUGAAAACUGAAUUAUUCAUGCCCUAAUUUCAAAUCAUAGUACCUGUUUUUAAUUCAUUUCAUAUGAGAAAUAGAAUACUUUUCCCCAUUGUUACUAUUUGAACACGUGCAGUUAAAGCACAAUGACACUUCCUCUCACUCCUCUUUCCAUAAUCUCUUAGAAUAUCUAGGCUUUGGUUAUUCUUUAUAACUGUGGAAUAUAUCUUCACUAAAUGUGCAGUUCCUCUGCUUAACAGCCCCUGGUACUGAUUUGUGUUUUUACUGAUUUCUGUCACUCCUUCAGACUUGCCUUUCUGCAAUUUUACGUUUUACCAGGUGAAGAAUAAUUUAGAACUUCCACCCAAGUGGCCAUUAAAGCUGUGGGGAAUAAUAAAUAUGUCUAGUCAGAGCUUUCUUUAGGGCAGGACUUCGAACUGGUUCUUCCCGGUUCAGUCAUGGCCAAGAAAAUAAAGCCGUAACAAACCUGAAUGUUUUAAAUUGGGGGGAACCACAGGAAAAAUUACAGGUCGAAGGGCUGCUAGAACCAAUCUCUCUCUUAAAAAAUGUGCAGCAUGCACAUCGCACAGCAACCAAAUCUCUUGCCUGUCGGAUUUUGCGCAGAGUCAAAAACAACAGUGCCCUACUCAAAGAUGGUGACCAACCGUGCUGCUUUGAAUGUAUGUCACCUUCCACAGUCCUGCCAGUAAUCCGAUAUCAUGCAUCAAGCUCCUGAAGGGGCUGGCUAUGCCUCUUCCAAGUCUCCAGUUCCCAGGCUUUGACCCAUAAUUUUUCCCAUUCCGGUUACUGUUGUGGGUUACCCAAAUUUUAAAAAACUUAAAAAAUUUGAGUCUUUUCUGGUUUCCUUUGUCAGCUCUGACUGAACCAGUUCAAAUUGAAUCAAAGCCCUGCUUUGGGGCUUAAGUUGAUGUAAAUGGUUUCAGGUCUUGUGGUGCUACCCCUGGACCAGAAAUGAGUUGUCACACUAGCUAGUUCAGAGAAAGACCAGAAUCUUAUUUGUCCCACAUUAGAGUGUCUGCUUUCAUCAUUUUUAAUCUUUUCUUUCCUGCCAUCCUGCCCUCCCAAAGAGUAAAGCGUGAUUCAUGCAGACCUUUUGUGCAUUCUCACAGGAACUAUUCUAAAGCCGUUCACUCUCCCCAAGCCCGCAUGCAGAUCAGGCAGGUGAUCGGCUUUGCUUUGCGAUGGGUGGGUGGAUGGGUGGGUAAGAUCACUCCAAGGCCACUGUGGGCUUCCUAAAUUAUCAACUUCUUCAUCUCAGCGUAUCUGAAACUUAAUUCCUUUUUUCUUUCUUGGACCUGUUUCCGAGGAAGAAGUACCCCUUGCUUUAUCAAGCAGGGCUCCUGAACUCCUCUUCCUUACUGGUAGCUGUCUUACUCUGUUUUCUCCUUCCUCUCUGCAUGUGAACAGACUCAGGUCUCCCCAUCUUGAGUCCUUUCCUUGGUGGUUCAGAUUACUGUUGUUCCUGUGCUCUUUUACAACAGAACUUCUUAAAAGGUUGGAGAACAUUCUACCCUCCGCAACCUCUCUUAACUCAUCUCCCACCACCAACCCUCUUGCUCAUUCUGCUACAGACGCACCGGCCUCUGUCCUCUGCAUCAAAUACCCCACUUGUGCUCCUACCUCAGGGCCUUUCCACUCUCACUUCUCUCUACCUAAAUUGCUUUUUUGCAUGGCUUACUCGCUCCUUUCCUAUAGGCCUCCCUGAUCAAAUGUUACCUUAGUAGAGAGGCCUUUCCUGACCUCUUAAUAUAAAAUAGUAACUCUAUCCGCAUUGCCUUUUCCCACCUUAAUUGUUUCCCAUAGCACUGUCACCCCCUAUCAUAUUAUGUAUUUGAUUGUUUGUUGUAUCUUCCCAACUAUAAGUUCCAUGAAGGCAUGGACUUUGCGUGCUUUGCUCACAGAUAUUUUCUCAGUGCCUAGCAGAAAGACUGGUAAAUAAGGGUAGUCAGUAAAUAAUGAACGAUGGGAGGAAAAAUACAAUAAAGAUAAUGUAAGUAUUCUACAAAUGUACACUGAACUUUAGUUAUCUUUAUUUUUUGUUGGUUUUUUUUAGGAUAUGUAUUAGCUCACCUAAAAAUAACAAUAAUAAUCCAUUACAUGUUGCGAUACAUAUUUUUAUGAAAAAUAGCUAUACUUUGGGGAAAAAUUAAUGAGAUGAGUAGUGAACUUGUCUUAUAUUUUUACAAAUUUUUAAAAUAUGUGACUUAAUACAAGACAGCUGGAUUCUCAUAUCUGCUUCUGCAUUCAGUAUAUUGCUGUUAUAUAUGUCAUAUAGCCUCAAUACUCCACUGUACACUUACGAGAGAAUGAGAGUGAGAAAGGCAAGUCAAGUCUUAGUAAUAUCAUGACUUAUUUUGACCUUAUGGGUGCCCUGAAAAACUGAAAAUAGUUUCUAUUUGUCUCUGCUGACUUUUGACAUAAGAAGUUAACAUUCCUAUAGAUUGUUCUUUGAUGUAGUAAGGCUAAUCUACCUUUCUGUCCAUGUGAUCUUUUUUCUCCUUUUAUAUUUCUACUUUCUAUUGCUUGAUUUCAGGAGCAACAUCUCUGAGAGUUUAUUCGUUUAUUUUUAAUUAAUGAUUUUUCAGUUUCUUCUUUGAGGGAGGUUUUUACAGUAGUUUUAAAUGGAGUGUCGCUCCCUGUCUAAACCUUCGUGUUCCUUCAUAAUGUAUAGCCAUAGAUAGUAUAUUAUAUAGCCAAAUUCUUGUUGACACUCAUUUCUUAAAGUAGCUCAGAAUUCAUAUGGUCACAACAAGUGAAUAAACUGUCAGAGAGAUAAGCUAUACAACAUCAAGGGUAUUUUCAGAUUUUUUGAAAUUAAAUUUUUCUAUCAAGUUCAGGGUUUUUUGUUUGCUUGCUUGUUUUUUGUAGUUUAUUCCUUCAGUAAGUCUUUAUUGGGUUUUAAAGUACUAACAUUUAAAUAUAUAUAUAUAUAUAAAUCUAACAUUUUAGCAAAUAAAAAAGAGAAACAUCUUACCCAUAAGGUAUUUAAUGUCCAGUUGAGAGACAGUUUAGAAUUAUUUCAUUAUAAUGUGUAAUUACUAUAAUAAUCCUUUACAGGAUUAAAUGGAACCAAAUAGAGGGUUCUUCACUCAGUCCUGGGAUUCUGAGGUUUCACAGAGGAAAGAUUGCCUGAGCUGAACUGUGAAGGAUAAGAGGAUUUAGCCAAGCCAAGAGUGAGGAGAUGCUCAUUCUAGACAAAGGGGACAUGAGCAAAAGUAGAAUUUCAAAGAGGUGUGAAACAGCACUGCAUGGUCAGGAAAUCACCAACAAUUUGGAAUUACUAAAACAUGAAAUACAUGGUGUGAAAUGGCUGGAGGAGAGAAGAAAAGGAGAGGUGGGGCGGAAGCAUGGAGAAUGCCGUACUUAGGAGCUUGGGCAUAAUCCUCAGUGGCGUGUUAUUGAAGGGGUUUUUAAGCUGAGGAGUGAAGAGCAGAGGUAGAAGUAAUAUAUAGUCACUUUCAACUUUUCAGUGGUUUGGAAACUUUAGCCACAGAACAAGUUCUAACGAGGUCUUACAUAUUAGCUUAAUACCAAAAGCAGAUCAAAGUAGAACUCCCCAGUAGAGGCUGGGAUGACAAACUCAGAACUUCCUAGCCUGGUUCUCCCUCACUGUUCUGCUAACCAUUUUGUCAGCUCUCACAGCACCUUCAGAGACCUUCAGGGCUUUUCUGAGCACCCUUAAAAAAAAAAAAAAAAAAACCCUUUCAGUUUUUAGAUUUGAAAACUGCAGCUCAGAAAGAGUAUCUCAAUGAAAUGGUGGCAGAGGCUAGGAUAGAACCAUGUCUUGUGAUUACCAUCUACUGUUAUUUCAACUAACAUGUUGUCAUUGAAGAAAAAUGUAUUUUUCAUACAACCAAAAUUCCUUGCUCCUGUUACACAGGUGCAAUAGAUGGGAUAAAGAAAAAAAUAUUGUCCAAGUUAGAGUAGAUUUUCUACCUUUAGUAGGUGCUUACUAUCUUUUUUUUAUUAAUCAAUCUUAAGGCUUUUUAAAAUUGUUAACGUAAGAGAUUCUUCUAGAAUUGGGUUCUAGUUUAUAUGAAACUUUAUCCUUUCCCGUUGCUGCCUUUUCACACUAGUUGAGAGAAUACCAAGUUAGAAUCCCUCAAAUUGAGUUUUUAGGAAUUAGAUAUGGGGGAAUUUUCUGUUAAGGCCUCUUGUUGUUAAUGGAAUUUCUUCCCAGUAAGUCUUGAUAGUGCCUAGGUUUACUGACCUUGUCUAAAUAGUAUGUCAUGGCUAAAGCCUGUUCUAAUGGCAAAAGCAGUGGAAUAGGAGUCAAGAGACCUGGUUCUACUCCCAGUCCAGCCAUUAGCUGGCUGAAUAACAUUUGGAAAAGUCACUCAAGCUCAACUGUACAAUGAGAAGGUUGAACUAAAUUACCUCUAAGGCCCCUUCCAGCUCCUACAGUCUGUGAUUCUAAUUACAGCUAAUGUUGUGUUUUAUCUGUGAGAGUGGUCACGUUUUAUAGACUGCCAUAAGCUCUCAUUUUUGGUGGUCCUAAUGACUUCAGAUAGAUGGGUGCAGAAGCACUUGAUUGUGAAUAUCUCUAAAAAGCAAUAGAAAUGGACAUUUCCUAUUAUGGCAGAGGAUAUAUGCUAAUGAAAUGUGUUAAUUUUUUUUUUUUUUUUAUAUUCUCAGUCUGGGAAUUUGAAUGGCUUUACUGAAAUUCUGAUAAUAUUCCCCAUGACCUUAUCGGUGGGCAGCUGUCAGCCUUGGACAAUUCACAUAACAGAUAGAUGGACAUUUAUGAAGACCUCUGCUUAUCUCAGUGGGAGUCACGGUAUAUAAACUCUUUAAGGGCUCUCAGAGUUGUACAAGUCCUUUGGAGUCUUUUUCUGAACUCCUCAUUCUGUAUUUGAUUCUCCAACCUCAUUUUUCUAGAAAAGCCCUUCCUCAAAGUGCUAUUUAAAGUCCUUCACAUCAAGCCCUAUUACUUUAAGACUAAGUGUGAUAUAACAAACAAUGACAUUAUUAUAUUGUAAGGACAAGAAAUAGGGGGUAAGUUAUAAAGCAGAACAUUUUUAUUUACACAGCAGUGUUUUAAUAACCAGCAAAAUUUUGGAAGAGAACUGGAAAAAUAGUUAAAAGAUAAAUGGACUUAUGUUUCAAUGUUAUGAUUUUUCACAUGCACUAAAGUUCAUUUUUCCUUUUUUUUACAUCCUUGAAAUUCGGACAGGACCCUGGGAGAGUUGUUGGCAUCCUUUGGUCAACACAUUUGUCAGGGUAUUUUCUUUUUUUCAACGUUCUUCUAUGGUCCUAUUAAGCAAUAACCUCAUUAGCAACACAUUCUGAGUGGUAUAGUAUGAUAGCUUUACUACAAAGGGGUUCUGUAUUUCAGGUGCCAGGAUAUAACACUCUUAUGACAGGGGAGAAAAAGAAAACUUGCUAUGAAGGGGAAGCUUAGACAUUAUUUACUCUAAAUAUUGGAGCUUUCCAUUUGAAAGUUUACAGAGGCCAAAGAAUUGUUGAAUUUGGAGAUUUCAAAAUAAAAAUCUCCAGCAAACUCUAAAAAUGUUUCCACCUUGAAAACAAGUCCUAUUCCCUCCUGUGAGCAUUUGCCUUACAUAGUUCUGGAUUAGCCUGUAAAUUAUUUUCAUCACAAAUACCUUUCACUAGGAGACACAGCAUCACCCUCUUCUGGAAUGACACAAAUCAACAUUCUAGUCAAGGCUGGGCAUCCUAACAACAGACUUGUCAGUUAAGUUAGGUAGACUGUUCUUACCUCUUUAUGUCAAGUCUGUUUUUUAGGCUACAUCACGUUAGAGCAAUGCAGAGUCUGAGAGGCCGAAAUCCAAAUUAAUCCUGGCAAGAUUUCAGAAGCGCUGGAAACUGGCAAAUUUAAAUCAUUGUCAACUCCAAACUUUUUAUUUUUACCUUGGACUUUAUGUCAUCAUACAUAAGUUAAAACUACAGAAAAAACACGUUGCUACUGAUUUUACCUCUUUUGGUCACUUGCCUUGGUCUACACUUGCAGAACCCGAUACAACCAAUGUCAUUGUUCCGAGAAGGGUCAUAUGUAUUAAGGCUCUGGCAACCAUAGAAACAAUCCUGUUGGCAUAGUUAAAAGGAAACCUGUGGAUAAACUGCUUCUCUGGUCCUAAUCCAUGUACUUGUCACUCUCUAGCGUGACAGUAUGUAGGAGUGUACUGAUUUUUCGAGUUCUGGAUAGACGAGGUAGGGAAUAGGGGUGAAGGUUACUCUAUAGCUGAGCUGAAUAUAUUAAAUUAAACAGUAUGAAAUUCCCAUAUUUGAAGUCAAAACCAAUUGAAUAUCAACAGUUCUAUACGAUUCAACCUAAUAAUUAUUUUGAUCUAUCUUAAAAAUAUGAAGUUACCCGUCACUUUACUUUUGUUCCCGGUAUAUAAAAUAAAUUCACCUAGAUUGACUAGCCACUACCAAAGCAAACCAACUCACCAAAAGAUCCAAAAGGUUCCCUGUGCCUCCCUUGCUUCAUCUCAAAAAUGGGAAUAAUAAUGACAUCUGCCUUGUAGUGUUAUUGUGAAGAUUAAAUCUUAAGGCCUUAGAAUAGUGCUUAACACAUAAUGAAAAAAAAAAAAGCACCCAAUAAAUUCACCCAUUAUUAGCAUUGUCAUCAUUAUUAGCAGCUUAUUAAUUUGUUUGCUAAAUAAAUAUAUUUUGACAUUUGACUGCAUGGCAGGUUAAAUGUCAGGUGGUGGGACCACAUUUCUGAACAGACCACACUCCCAACUCAAGGAGCUUAUAAUCAAGUGUACAGGCCAUUAUUGUGCAGUGUCGUAGUGCUGUGUAGGGGCAACAUGUGUUGUGGAUGCACAUAGGCAAGGCCAGGGAAGCCAAAACCUAAAAGACUAGUGGCAGUUAGCCAAACAAAAAGAACCGGGAAGAGCAGUGCCAUCAGCAUGAGCCUAAAGCAUAGAGGUCUGAGGAAGAGAGAACAUAAUGUGACCUGAGACCUGCAAGUAGUGGAAUGUGGCAGGAAGAGAGGAUGAUGAGUGAGCUCACUAUUUGCCUCCUGCUGAACUUGUCACCCCAUACGUCAGCAGGUUUCAUCUGUUGCUCUCAAGGCAGAAAUGUAAUAACUUCUACUAAUAUGAUCAAAACUUAUUUCCAGUUGCCAAUUUGGAUAACUUGAAAGUUGCUCAUCAAAAGAAUUCUAACUAUAAUGUUUUUGUCUUAUAUGGAAGUAUCUAUUGUCUAAAGGUAAUUUUUUAUAGCAAAGAUCCUAGGUAGGAAAAAUGGGCUAAAAAAGAAAAAUUGGCCUCAGGAGUAAAAAAGGAAUUUUAAAGAAAAUUUGUUAAUAAUAACAUUCUCAUAGAAGACCUAGAUUACCUGUUUUAUCUGAAUAAUCAAAGGAUCUUGUUGUUACCUGUCGUCGUCGAUUUCCACUCAUAGCGACCCCGUGUGACAGAGCAGAACUGCCCCGUAGUGUUUCCUAGGCUCUUACAUUUAUGAGGGCAGAUCACCAAGUCUUUCUCCCUUGGAGCUGCUGGGUGGGUUUGAACCACCAACCUUUAGUUAGCAGCCAAGUACUUAACCGUUGUGCCAUCAGGGCUGCUUAAUCAAAGGGUACAUUUUUUAAAAUCAAAGCCAGCUAACGUUGAGCCAGGUAGGGCAUUCAAAAUAAACCUGAUUGAUCUGGAUCUUUUUU